GGCGCACGUUCGCGAGAUCAUUCGGAAGCGUCACGGUCGCGCAUUAUCGUCGCGUGUACCGUUCGAAGAGUGAGAAGAAGUGACACGCAAUGCAAGGAUCUUAAAUUUGGAAAGGACAAAUUAACACACCAAAAUGAAAAUUGAUCGGAGCAGACUGAAAAAAUGCACUUCUGAAGUGCCCGCAGAAUGUCAAGCACUUAUAAGCAAACUACGCUCUUGCUCGCAUGCAGAGCUGCUAGAAGAGCUGAAGCAGAUAGAUGCGUGGACUUUCGGAAAAUGUGAAUUAUUUCAUUGGAUUGAUGUCCUAGAUCUCAGUGACAGUAUUUUAGAAGAAGCUGCUGCAAGGAGCCCAGAUAAUCCAUGGGAAUUAGCAUGUGAUCUUCCUCAAAAUAGAGAGGCAAAAGAGCUGCUUCUCUGGGUUCUCCACUUUACAACGUUGUUGAUUGAGCACUCAUUCUCACGGCACCUGUACAACAGCAUGGAACAUUUGGUUACUUUACUAUCAAGUUGUGACAUGCAUGUAGUCCUUGGUGUAUUAAAUCUUCUGUAUAUGUUUAGUAAACGCAGUAAUUUUAUUACACGUCUAAAUAAUGACAAACGGCAAGCUUUGCUUAGCAGGCUCAAUCAUUUAGCAGAGAGUUGGGGAGGAAAGGAAAACGGUUUUGGUUUAGCAGAUUGUUGCAAGGAACUUCCAGAAAAACCAUUUCCAGCAAGUGCUACGACAUUACACUUUGAAUUUUAUGCGGAAAAUCCAAUUAUAAUAGAACCAUCGACAUCUACAUCACUUCCUAGUACAAAAAAAGUUGGUCAGACGAAUCUUGUAACAUAUAUACAUAUAGAAAAUGUUGAUAAACUUGGAAAAACCCCAGCGCAGAUUAUGAAUGAUCUAUUGAAAGUUUACAACGUACCCCAAGAACGACAAAUGGCUCUAUUGACACAUAUAAGGCUAGCGCACAGUUUUUCGGAUUACCGAAGGCGGUUGCAAUGCGUGCAAGCUCGACUACAAGCAUUAUCUGUGCUUGUAUACAGUAACGCGUUGCAGGAAAAUGCGCACAGUCUCCUUCAUGCCGGGCUUCUUGAGGAAUUGGUUGAAUUAUUAGAACUUCCACAUACUCAUCUUGUCGAGAUUCGCGCGGCAGCAUUGCGUACUCUUACAAGUAUCAUACAUUUAGAUCGUAAUCCACAUUUUCCCAAAAAACCAGGCUCGCGAUUGAAUAUGAUUAUUGAUGUCACCGGAGCUAGUUCAUAUCAUGGAUUUCUCCCUGUCUUGGUCCGUACUUGUAUAACAACGUUGACUUCGCCGCAACCAGAUGGACAACCAUUCCCUUUGCCGCUUGCGACAGCUUUGUUUAGCUUUCUUUAUCAUCUUGCAAGUUAUGAGGCGGGUGGAGAAGCUCUCGUUAGUUGUGGCAUGAUGGAGACUUUGAAAGUGAUCAAUUGGCCAGGAAGUGAAUUGGAACAUAUAACGUUUGUAACAAGAGCAGUACGUGUCAUAGAUUUAAUAACAAACAUAGAUAUGCAAGGUUUUCAAACUCAUAGUGGUUUAGCAAGCUUCAUCAAUCGUUUAGACAUGGAAGUUAAUGUAUGCAGAAAAGAACAACCAUUUGAAAUUGAGCCGUUGCUCUAUCAAGAUACUCCACAAACCUCACGCGAAAGAUCAGUAGAUAGAGAAGAUGGUUCGACAUCACGUCGCGAACACGAAACCUUCGACGAACGGGAAGAAUCCUCGAAUUCUAUGGAGAUAACAGAAGAUGAAAAUAUGAGUUCUAAAACAGACGAAAAGAUUGAACAACAACCAGAUUAUUCUGCUGCUAAGACUGGCAAAACAUGCUUGCCACAACGAGCAGCUCUCCUCAAAUCGAUGUUGAAUUUCCUUAAGAAAGCAAUUCAAGAUCCGGCAUUUUCUGAUAGCAUACGACACGUUAUGGAGGGUACUUUACCAUCUUCUUUGAAACACAUUAUAAGUAAUUCUGAAUACUAUGGCCCUUCGUUAUUCCUGCUUGCUACGGAUGUCGUGACUGUGUAUGUUUUCCAAGAACCAUCGUUACUAUCAUCUCUACAAGACAAUGGCUUGACUGAUGUUGUGCUCCAUGCAUUACUAAUAAAAGAAGUUCCUGCCACUAGAGAAGUAUUGGGUUCUUUACCUAAUGUGUUCAGUGCACUGUGUUUAAACCAACGAGGUCUUGAGUCAUUUGUGAAGCGACGACCAUUCGAACGUUUAUUCAAAGUACUUCUGUCACCUAUCUAUCUAUCAGCAAUGCGACGACGACGAAGCGCCGAUCCAUUAGGCGAUACAGCUUCGAAUUUAGGAAAUGCCAUGGACGAGUUGAUGAGGCAUCAACCAAGCUUGAAAGUUGAUGCCAUUGCGGCUAUUAUUAAGUUACUCGAAGAGUUGUGCGUAUUGGGCUGUGAUCCGCGAUACAUAUGCUGGCGUGCUGCUAGUAAAUCCGAAAAUUCACCUUCAAACACCGCCUCUGGAAAUCGUCAAUCGUCUGGUCAGUCGGUUGGCGUUGGAGUGGGAGAUUCUAGCGGUGGAGGAGGUGGAGGUGGUGGAAGUAGUAGUGACGAAGAAGAAGAAGAUGAAGAAGAGGCGAGUACAAGUUCUCAUCCUCAACGAGAAGAGCAACCUACCCUAUCGCCUGCGCAGCCCGGACCGCCACCUCAACCAAGAGAGAAAACUCCUAUCGCUUUAGUCGAAUAUAUCCAUAACGUUAUGAAAUUUGUGGACGCCAUAUUGAGCAACAAUUCGACCGAUGAUCACUGUAGAGAAUUCGUCGCUCAAAAAGGGCUUGUGCCGUUACUUUCGAUUCUUGGUCUACCCAAUUUACCCGUCGACUAUCCUGUCGCACAAGCGGCUCAAUCAGUGGCCUCAGUAUGCAAAAGUAUUUUGAAUCUUGCGCAUGAACCAUUGGUACUCAAAACAGGUUUGUCGCAAUUGAACGAAGUACUAAACUUACUGAAGCCACUUCACAGUCACAUGGAAUCCCCUGGAGGCUCUGUUUUAUUGCACGAGCUUGCAUCAGCUCCAAAUCUCGAAACGGCUUUCACGAGCGACACAGCGACACCGUUAUUGCACGCCAUGAAUGCAGCUCACGGAUACGUAGUGAUGUUUGUUCACGUUUGUCGUACAAGUCAGAGCGAUAUAAGAAAUCUUUCUAUGAAUCACUGGGGUUCCGAAUUGGGCUUGACUGUGCUCAAAGGUUUAUCCGAACUAUACAUGUCUCUCGUUUGGGAGAGUACACUAUUGCUCGCGUUGUGCAGUGAGGAUAUUAUCCCAGCUGGAUGUGAAUUUGGUAAAGAAGACAUGGACAAAUUGAUGCCACCGGAAUUAAAAAACGAGGGCGAAUCUUCCUCUUCUUGGUCUGCUACCGUGUCUGCGGAUAUGGGAAGCAAUGGGAUGACCACGGCCAUGGAAGCUCUUAGCACGGAUCCGCCGCCGAUGCCGAUGGAAGUGGACGACAAACCGAGUGUAGUGAACACCGAGAGUCGACCAAAUAACUAUCAACUGAAAUAUAUCAAGCCGCUGCUCGGUGCGUCUUCGAGACUCGGUAGAGCACUCUCCGAGUUAUUUGGUCUACUCGUUAAGCUUUGCAUGGGUUCUCCUGUGAGGCAACGUAGAGGACAACAGAUGCCUCUAACACCUACGCUGCCUUCGCAAGCAGCGAGAAGCGUCGCUACCGCUUUGAACUGUUUACUGACACGCGGUUUGUCAUGGGAUAAAUUACCACCGUCACCGAUUCCCAAGUUUAAGUUAACCUUUCUCAUAUGUUCAGUGGGAUUUACUUCACCGAUGCUCUUUGACGAAAAGAGACAUCCUUAUCACUUGAUGCUUCAAAAAUUCGUCAAGUUAAAUGGCCAACAUGCAUUCUUCUCCACCUUUCACUGGGCAUUAUCAGGUGGAGGUCAGUUUCCGUUAUCCGAGGGAUUGGAGCAUCCGAAUCUACCCGAUGGAACCGGUGAAUUUCUAGACGCUUGGCUGAUGUUGUUGGAAAAAAUGGUCAAUCCCAAAGCCAUUUUGGAUUCGCCCCAUGUGGUAUCUUCAAAGUGUACAGGAAUAUACAAAGUCUGCGAAACGUUUGAUCCAAUAAAAUACCUUACUGAUAUUCACAAGAAGGCUUUCGCAGCGGUAAUGUUGAUGUGGGGUAAGAAACCGCUGAAAAAUUACGGAGCUCGCAUGACAGAGUCCAUUCUAUCGAUUUUGCGACACAUUUUACGGGGUGAGAAGAUUAUCAAGGAACGUACUGAAAAAGAAGAGAGCGGGGACGGUGCAACGGCCAGCGGUAGCGGUGCAAGCGGUGUCGGAAGUAGAAGCGGCGGAUCCGAUCGCAGGGAGGAACCGGAAGCGGACGUAAACCCGGAAUAUCUGAGACAGUUAAUGGACAUGGGUUUCAGUCGAGCACAUUGUAUAGAAGCAUUAUUGCAUACGUUGACUGUAGAACAGGCAACCGACUAUCUUUUGACAAAUCCUGCGACUCUAGUGGUACGUAGACCCGACGCUCCCGUGAGCGACGUCAGCGGGCAGGGUCUGAUCAUGGAUUUGGAAUUGGCGGAUGACGAUCAGAUAAUGCAUGCCAUCGCGAUGUCGCUCGGCGAUACGGAAACACGCAAGAUCACAGGCACCGAGGACAUCGCUAUCUGUCGCGAGACUACAAUUACCGAGAACAUAGACGAGUUCACGCAGAAUGCGCUGGGACAGUGUCUGAAUCUCUUGGAUCUUAUGCCCGAUACGGUGUAUAGAAUUUGCGAUCUAUUAGUGACAAUUACGAAGAGAAAUGGCGAUGAAUGGCGGGACGAUACACUACGUCAAUUGAUGCGCGAAGUCGGUCGUCUGGUAGAUCAUCUGAUCGACAUCGCCGAAAGCCAGGACGAGAACGCUGGUUCGCGAUUGGUCGAGUGCGAGGAAGCGAACAAACUCUCCGGUCGUCUCUAUCUCUACACACUCUUCUUCGAGGGUUCGUUCCAAGAGAUGCGGGUGCCAUGUGCUCAAAUAGUGGAGGAGUGCGCGAUCCUGGACAAACUCGUGCGUCUGCUAGUGGUGAGCGAGGCACCGCUUACCGCACAUAAAAACAAGAUCGUUAAGGACAAUAAGGACAGUGGUGUGUUGAGCAUGAAGACCCCUAAAUGGUUAGCACCAUUGUUAUUGCUCAUCGAUCGUUUGGAGAAGGUGGCCACACUCACGAAGCGAAAACAGUUGAUGCAUAAAGUCACAACCAGAGCGUGGAAGUGGUUUGAUUUGAGCACCGGGAAGUGGACUCUUUACUCGCCCCUGAACAAUAGGAUUAUCAACGACGCCUACUGGGCCGGCGAGUCCAGCGUGCGGAUAUCGUGCAGCCGGCGUCGUUAUCUCAUUACGUUCUCCUGCAUGACUCAGGUGAACGAAGAUAGUGACAAUAGACGACCCAUCACGAUGGGUUUCAAACUCAACACGGACAAAGAAGACGGUGGCUCUUCAGGGUCCGACUCGAACAUGGAUACCGACGAGAGUCCCGUGGAGGAGAAACGAAAUACCGUGAUACAAGGAUUGGACCCCAGUAUAGCACCGAGUAUCGUACGGGCGUGUGUAAAAUUAUUAGCAAUCCCAGUCGAUCGGGACGCAUUACACGCUGUGUUGAAAGUGUGCUUACGACUGACGAGAGAUUACAAAAAUGCAGAAGUGUUUGCACGCGAGGGUGGUGUCAAGUUACUUCUCGAGAUGACUCAAAUAUGUAGUUUCACCGGUUGCGUCAAUCUAUGUACGUUGUUGAUACGACAUACCCUCGAGGAACCACGUACUCUUCGUCUCGCGAUGGAGAAGGUCAUUCGUGCGCGCACGCAGAGUAAUAUACCUCCUGCAUAUAAAGAGAUACUUUUCAUGACCCGGCAAAUUAGCAGCGCCGUUUGCCGUAAUCCAGAAGUGUACAGAGAAGUGUGCGAAAAUAUCCUCAGAGUCGAUAUAAGUUGCUUGAAAAAAGAUGAUAUCGAUAACAGGCUUGUCGUCAAAGCUUUACCUCCUAGUCAUUCGCCAGCAUUACCGAUGGUGGAAGAGGUAUCCGUAGGUGUUAUUCGUGAUAUGUUGAACGCAUUAAUUAAGCCGAUGCCUGUGUCAUCGGAUGACGGAUCAGCGACCCCGACAAGCCCCGAAAAGAAGACAUCACACGCAGCGACAACCUCGGCGAUUGGUAAUGCAACAUUGUCGACGUCUUCGCGGCGAGAUGUAUUGAGAAACAAUGCAACAACCACCAAUGAUCCCUUGGACGAUGACGAUCAAGUGUCGCCAAUAAUUCCAUUAAAGGUUUAUCCUGACAUCGGUAAUAACAGUAAGGUGGAGCCAGAAGAAGCGAAGAAGCCCAUUUUGACGAAAUCGGCGAUAUUAAAGAUAUUAGCGGAAGCCGUGAGAUCUUACGGCGCUGUAGCUAGUCUCAUCACGGAACAUACAUAUAGAGGUGGACAGAGUGAGAUGGUGUCCGAGGAUACAACGGCCUUAGCGUUCUUGCUCGAUAAACUUCUGCCAAUGUCGCCGGAAAAUUCGGGCGAUCGAACGUGCAGCAGUAUGGCGAGAAUGUUGAUCGCCGCUAUAGCUUCGUGCAAUCAUUCGCCGGAGGUACAGACCACCCUGGUGACGGAAGUGAAAGCAGCCUUGACGAGAACGCUCGCGCUUCCGGAGAGUUCCGAAAAGCACGCGCAGCUUCAACUACUAAUCGGAUUGAUAUCCACCAUGAUCGACAGUUGUCCGCCAAAUAUGUCGCAUUCACAACUCAGGGCUUCUCUAAGGGCCCAUCAAUAUAACAAUGUCAAUUACAUCGUUCGAAUUAUGUUACGAAAAGGUAUCAUCACCGAUCUAGCUAAAAUUCCGCACAGUCUCGAUCUGUCGAGUCCGAACAUGGCCGGUACCAUCAAUGCCGCUUUAAAGCCACUAGAGACUCUGUCGCGCAUCAUUAAUCAACCGAUGCCGGGAGCGGUGAAUAACAAAUUUACAAAGCCGAAAAAUAGGACGGUCCAGGAAGAACCGCUCGGAGAACAGACGGGCACCACAACCUCGGAGGCUACGCAUGCCGUAGGCGAGGAAGCCAAUGAAGAUGCGGAGAACACAGAGCACGACAUCUCCGUGACGGCUGAAAGUUUGGAGCCUACUUCUGAGAGUCAAGUGCACGAGGAAGGGGACGAGGCGGCAUUGGAAGACAUCAUGGAUCAGCUUCUAGAAAGGGACGGCUCGGCCGUGGCGGAAGAGCCAUCUUCUCGCCCGCAUAGGCCAAUGGAUAUUGAUGAUGAAAGUCUCGCGAUGCGUGACGCGGAGGGCGAUUUCGAUCCGACUCGAGAUACCACAGAGGAUUUAAUGAGUUCCGAUUCAGAUUCCGAUAGUAAUCCAUCCGAUGAUAAUGAGGACGAGGUACAGGAUGAUGAGGACGAAGAAGAGGAAGAGGAAGACGAUGGCGAAGAGAACGAAGAGGAAGAGGAGGAAGAGGAGGAAGGAUCGUCCAAUUAUGAAGAAGAAGGAAUAGAAUUUUACGAAGACGCUGGAGAAGGCGGCGUUUUCCGUAUGUUCCCGACUUCCGAACGCGAUAAUGGUGGCAAUGUUGUAAUGAUACAACACAACAUUGAAAAUCAAGAUAUUGCUAGUACGUCGACGCCAGUUAAUACGCGACCUAGUCUUCCAUGGAACACCACAUUUCCGUUACCAUUGGGUUUAUUUGAGGAACCCCCCGCGGGUUCUGAAAACAAUGGAAUCAGUACUCAUCCACUGUUAAUAUCACAAGGAAGUUUAGACACCGCAAGUACUAGAACUCAACGUGCUUUACGACAAAGGCGAUAUCAAUAUCUUCAGCUAUCUAAUCCACGUAGUUCGAAUCCGCCUGUAAUAUUACAAAGACUUUUGGGCCCAGCCGCACAAACCCUUCCCUUAUCCGCAAGUCAAGUUUUAGCAUCAAGUUUCAGAGAUACACGUGUUGUUGUAAUGGAUAAUGGAUUGGGAAUAUUUACUAAUCAAGAGGAAGAACAAAUUGAUUAUGUCGAUCAAUCUGGAUAUCUCUUUGGACCAAGCCUUGCUGCAACUUUAAAUAAUAUACCAACUGCGUUACAUUGGUGGAUCGAAGAAAGCAAACAACUGGAUGGAGAUUCUCAGCCAGACUGUUGUGUUGGUGUUGUCCACAAACUUAUACCUGGACUGGAAAAGCAUAGAAACGCCGAACUUGCAGAGCGCAAAGAAAAACGUAAGAAGCAACAUGGAUCUGAAAAGGAAAACGACAAGGAUAACAAAGAAGAAAAAGAGCGUUUGAAUAAUGCGGAAUCUGGAUCGUCCAGUUUGACACAUAUAGAUGAACAAAGAUCAUCCGCAUCUACUUCACAAAGAACUGAUGCCACACCGCUUGUAGCUGGAGAAGAAACAACUGCUGUGGAAACUACAAGGCAGGAGCGUACACCGGAGGAAGAUAUAAUCGAUGUAACAGGUGAAAUGGAAAUCACGGUUCAAGAGGAUGACGAGCGACCGCCUCCGCCGCCUCCAGAGGACCAGUCGACAUCCGACAGUAGAGAUCCACGCACGGCGAAUCGAAAUCCUACAUUGGAAUUGGCGGAAAGUAUCGUCGAUUCUGUGCUGGGACCGUGUACAUCUGAAGCGACUAUUAGAUUAAACCUACAUGUGUCUAAUGACGCGCCCACACAUCUUACUUCUACAGGACAGCCCAGCCGAAGUGGCACAGAAGCUGUAAAUGUUACCGAGUCAGCGUCUAAUCGCAUUUCUACUGCACCAAUAGUAGUUGACUUUGGUCAAGAGGUCAGCGAGGAUUUGUCGAGGGAGAGUACCGAUUCGGCGGAUUGGAUUCGUAGGCUCUUGACGGACGACGGUCAAUGUCGCACCAGCGACAUUGACUUACGGCGUGUCGAACGAAAUGCCAACGUUGUUAAUCAAGAUCCCACGCCUUCGACAACAUCCUCUGAAACCACUACUGUGGCAGGGACUUCGGAACAAUCGUCGCAACAAUCCUCGCAACAGCAGCAGCAGCAACAGCAGCAAUCUAACAAUCAGGAGCAACAAUUGCCAGACGGCGUCGAUCCGUCAUUUUUGGCGGCUUUGCCCGAGGACAUGCGUGACGAGGUUAUCGCCGAGCAACUCAGACUUCAACGCAUGAGGCAACGAGCGCAAGCUUCUGUAGUCGAGGAACUCAGUGGACCAGUUGAAGUGAAUCCUGAAUUUCUGGCAGCUUUACCACCAGCGAUACAGGAAGAAGUUCUAGCACAGCAACGCAUGGAGCAGCAACGACACGCAGCUGCCUCGGCAAAUCCGGAAGAUCCCGUGGACGCUGCCGCUUUCUUCCAAAAUCUGCAACCAUCUCUUCGACAAGCUAUUUUGACCGAUAUGGAAGAAUCCCAAAUAUCCGUUCUACCUCCGGAUUUAGCUCAAGAAGCUCAAAAUUUAAGGAGAGAAUGGGAAGCGCGUAACCGACACAUGAUGCAAGAAAGAUUUCUUAAUCAUGUUAGCCAGAGUAAUACAGCUCUCUCUAGCAUAUUGAGAAAUUCUGGAAGAGCUCGUGGUGGCGGUACGCGGUAUGCCAUUCAAGCAGUACCACAAAGGACUCAAUGGAAUACAUGGAAUCCUCGCGGUGAUACGAACAUGGCUCAUCAAGGAGCUGGCUUACGUUUGAGAGGGAGGCAGUUGCUCGAUCACGAAUCAAUGGCGUGCCUAUUAGUGUUAUUAUUUGUCGACGAGCCAAAAAUUAACACUCUAAGACUACAUAGAGUCAUCAGAAAUCUUUGUUAUCAUGGCAGUACGAGAGAAUGGAUAGUGAAGGCGUUACUGAGCAUUAUGGAAAGAAGUAAUGACGAAAAUAAGGAUAUCCUGGCAGAUUUUGGCUUAAAAUUUAAAAGGAAGGGAUUAUUAAAUUCGCCCAUGGAUUUAUGUUCUCCAAAGAUGUUUGACCAAAGAAAUAACACACAAUCAUGGCUAAAUAUUAGUAUUGAUGCUGCACUCGGUUGUAGAGCUAACGUAUUCCAUAUAGUACGUCAUGCCGGUAAGAAAUCUGAAAGGCAAGGAAACAUUAUUGCGAUUCACCCACAGGCAGCACCCACUGUUUGCAGGCAUACUUUAGAACUGUUGAUAUCGUUAGCUAAGAGUUUCCCCGGAUAUUUUGUGCCAAUCAAAUCUAAGGAAUUAGAGGAUAAAGAUAGUAAUAAAGAGAAAGAUAUAAGUGGCAGCAAGGAGGAAGGCGGAGCGAAGAACAAAUCAGCGUCCAAAGUAGGAAGGAGCGAUCUCCCGGACUUCUGGGACUUGCUUCUGAAAUUGGAUUCGUGUGCGUCCAAAAAAGGAAAGUCGGUUGCGAGGACUCACUCGAAUACGAAUCUAGGAAGCGAGCCGGAACAUGGCACAACGACGUUCGAAGCUUCCGCGUUCGGUCAACUCAUUUCAAUGCUCAACUGGUCUGUAAUCAAACGAAGCAGUCAAUUGACAGAUAAGCUGUUGCGACUUCUGUCCUUGAUUUCCAUCGGCUUGACGGAAGUGAAUUCCUAUCGGCGGCAAGAUGCAGGCGCAAAGAACAAGAAGACGGAACUCGGGAAGGAUCAGAGCGUCGCCGCGCCGGAAGGACAUCUCAAACUCGCCGUACAAGUACUGACUAGCAAGAGCUGCUCCGAGGACGGACUCGAGGAUGCGACUGCGCUGCUGCUUAAUCUGUCUCAUUGUCCUGAUCCUACCAGACAACUGAUAUUAAAAUUACUUCUGGAAGGUGCGAUGGAACUGGCGAAUAUGGUGUGCGAACAUAUCAACGAUUUGAUGAUGGAACUCAAGGUACUGAAUCGUGAAUUAAGUCGAAGGAAUUCGCUCGAAGAUCAGCCAUCGACCAGUGGAGGAAAUGGACGAGGAAUUCUUUUAGACAGAUUUACUAAUGAAAAUGUAGUUGUCACGGCACCGAGCAAAGUUAAAGCCGGAAGUGAUCUUCAAUUACCAUCGAUGGCCGCUCUUGUCAGUAAAACAUCUAGUCAGGCAUUCUUCUUGAGAAUACUUAAAGUAAUCGUACAAAUAAGAGAAGCUGUACGUUUAGCAAACACCAAGAAAACAGGUAAUCAAACAUCAGAGACAGUUCUCUUGAACUCAGGCACAAGUAAUUUAUUAGAAACAGCUGCCGACAAUGCGGAUACCGAUGUUCCUAUGGAUACAACGCAAGCGAAUACUUCGAAUCUUGAUAAGACGUCCUCUUCUCGCAAUGACGAGGAGAAAACUACACUUCCACUGUUGAGUGAGAGUUUAGUAUUAGAUAACUUGUGGGAAACUCUUAGCGCUUGCUUGCUCGAGUUAGAGUACACUCCAGAUCAUCAUGCCGUCCUUGUUUUACAGCCUGCGGUAGAAGCGUUCUUCUUGGUGCACUCUUCAUCGAGUACCUCUCGAGAUCGUGAUAGUCGUCUUAAUACGACCAGCGAAAAUCGAGAAGUUGUACCAGACUUGGCACCAGUCUCACCGAUAUAUUCGGAUAAUGAAGGUACUUCUCAAUCGGAAGCUCCUGCUAAUGCUUCCUGGGAUAUAACUGCUACUCCUACACAAAAAACGUUGCCACCAGAUCAAUUAAAGUUCCUCAAAUUUGCCGAAACGCAUAGGACUGUACUCAAUCAAAUUCUACGACAAACUACUACGCACUUGGCAGACGGGCCGUUUUCCGUAUUGGUGGAUCAUACGAGAGUGUUAGACUUUGAUGUAAAAAGACGGUACUUCAGGACAGAAUUGGAACGAAUGGACGAGGGUAUACGUAGAGAGGAAUUAGCAGUCCACGUUCGCCGAAGUCAUGUCUUCGAAGAUUCAUUUAGGGAACUUCAUCGAAGAAAUGCCGAUGAAUGGAAGAAUCGCUUUUAUAUUGUCUUUGAAGGCGAGGAAGGACAAGACGCUGGAGGUUUGCUGAGAGAGUGGUACGUCAUCAUCUCUAGAGAAAUCUUCAAUCCGAUGUACGCUCUGUUUACAGUCAGUCCUGGCGAUCGAGUUACAUAUAUGAUAAAUUCAUCUUCGCAUUGUAAUCCAAAUCAUUUGUGUUACUAUAAAUUUGUAGGUCGAGUAAUUGCUAAGGCUAUUUAUGAUAACAAAUUGUUAGAAUGCUACUUUACGCGUAGUUUUUACAAGCAUAUACUCGGCAUACUUGUAAAGCAUACAGACAUGGAAAGCGAGGAUUAUAGUUUUUACAAAGGACUCGUUUAUCUCACGGAGCAUAACAUUUCCGAUUUAGGAUACGAGUUAACAUUCUCCACGGAGGUGAACGAAUUCGGUGUCAACGAUGUGCGAGAUUUAAUACCAAAUGGACGUAAUAUAGUUGUUACAGAAGAGACCAAACUCGAAUAUAUCAGGCUCGUAUGUCAAAUGAAGAUGACUGGAGCAAUUCGUAAACAAUUAAACGCAUUCUUGGAAGGCUUUUAUGAUAUUAUACCUAAGCGACUGAUCUCUAUAUUUAACGAGCAAGAACUGGAACUAUUGAUUAGCGGUUUACCUAAUGUAGAUAUCGAGGAUCUUAAAGCAAACACCGAAUAUCACAAGUACACAGCUACGUCUUUACAGAUUCAAUGGUUCUGGCGUGCAUUACGAGGUUUCGAUCAAGCAGAUCGUGCAAAAUUCUUGCAAUUCGUUACUGGUACGUCCAAAGUGCCGCUGCAAGGUUUCGCCGCAUUAGAAGGCAUGAACGGCGUGCAAAAGUUCCAAAUUCACAGAGAGGAUAGGUCCACAGACAGACUUCCGUCUGCUCAUACCUGUUUCAACCAAUUAGAUUUGCCGGUAUACGAGACAUAUGAUAAACUGCGUACGAAUCUACUCAAGGCGAUUCACGAAUGCAGCGAAGGAUUUGGAUUUGCAUAAGUUUGCCGGAAAGCUGUAUCGCUGCGUGUGUAUAUUGUAGCAGUUUAUCGUACAUGUGUUUGUCCUGCCUGUUUUCAGAGUAAAUUCAUUAUGAGAACUCGCUCUUGUAUAAUUCGCGUUCAUGCAAUUAUGCGCGUCGUCCAAUUUGCGAUGACAUUCUGAUGACACGCUUGGUCUUCAUUCAAGAUCUAACAGAAAACCCGUUUAACUUGAUAUAUACAUAGAUACACGAAUAUGUAUAUACGUAUAUAACUAAUUAUUGAUUAUGAUGUAAUUACGUGAGAAUAAUUGUCAAUGAUACCCGAAGCUAGGGUUUAUUUUGUUGAGGAGGAUCUUGGAGGAAGAUGCUGAGCUUAACGAUAAUUCCCAACAAGGAAUGAUAAGGAGAAAUUAGUUCAGUUUUAUGAUAAGGAUAAGAUAAGGAUAAGAUUCACACAUAACUGUAAUAGUUACGUACAUUAGUUUAUAAUAAGAAAUAAUAUAGGAUGAAAAAAAAUGUAAUAUACUGCACUCUUUGAAGUCAGCGAUAUGUUUUAAUCGGUUCGAUAGUUUUGAAUAGAGAUACAACGGUGGUAACGGUAGCCUGGUUCUUUACCAGAAAAAAGCAGCAAAAGUAUAAAUGAACGACGAGUGCCUGCGUGAAUGAAAGAGAAAUAGAGAGAAAGUGACGAAAUAAAAGAGCGAACGAGAGGGAGAACUGAAUAGAAAGAUAUUGAGCCUAACUAAAAGAUUUCAACAACAAUAUGAACGCUGUCCUUCCCUUAAAAAUGUAUGAUUGUACACUAUUAGUAUUAAUAAUUAUAACUAAUUCUUAAUUAAUAGUAAUCAUUAAAUAUAUCAUUUUAAUAUUAAUCAUUCGAAAUGUGAUGUUAAACAAGUGUAAUUUCUUUCUCUUGAGAUCUAACGAAAUAAAGUUUCCAGUUGAACGGACAUUACUUUAUAAACACAUCGAACGGGACAAUAUUGGCGAAAACCGUAAACACACAGGCACCGUUAUGAUUAUGUAGUUACUGAGCUCCUUACGAAAUUGUUAGGGAAUUAUUGAUUAGGAAUCGCAGAAUAAAGUGAAUGUUGUAUUUCUUAUAAAAAAAGCAGUUGCAUUCUUUUGUUAUUGCACGGAGUCCUUAAUUAUACUAACUUUUGAAUUUCCUGAGAAUAGACUUAAUUGAUAAUGCUGCGUUUACAGUUCUUAGUCUCUUUUAAGAUAUAGCUUAAUUUUAUGUAUUAUCGAAUAAAUUAUUAUUAUCAUCGAGAUUAAUCACAUGAGAAUUAAUGUAUGUAACAUGAAAAUAUAUAUUUCAUAUUUA